AUGAUUUCGCUCAUUCCUCUCCUAUGCCUUCUUUCUCCAAUAGUCGCGGGUCUCGACGCGAACAAAUCGCUGCACUCGAUUCUACACGAGAUGCGACUCAACAACUCGGCUAGCGUUUUGUCGGCUCUCGAAGCGAUGCCAAAGGAGUGCACGAAAAAUGGCAAAAAGUACAACGCCGGCGACGAGUUCGAAGUCGGACACCUUCGCUAUAAAUGCCGGGAUUACGGUGUGUACUCAAUGGAAGGAUGCAUCGCGAAUGGAACGAAACGAAUGAAUCCCGGCGAAUCGUUCGUCGAGAAUCAUAUCAAAUAUCAGUGCAUGAAGCAUGGUAGCUCGAUAUUCUAUCGGGAGACGACCUGCGGCAUCCUCGGACAACCGGAAUGCGACAACGUCCCAUUGCCAACCGGCUUUCAGAAGGCGUUGGAGCACGAGAAGGAGAAUCCGCCGAUGGUCGGAUCGACGAGAAUCAACGGCGUCGAGCUGCCGAAAGGUUGGAAGCUCAUCGGAGAAGGAAGCAAGCCGAUUCCUUCAACGAACGCCUCAGUGAUCACCCAGAUUCUCAUGUUCCAGCCGACGCGUGCCAAACGCGACGGCUUCUCAACGAACGGUGUUGGUCGUGUGAUCGCCGUCGAAGACAUGAGCCGAGGGGACGCAAGUCGAAACGCGCCCGACGUCAAGAAGAGCGGAGCGCGACCGCUUCGCAUCGGCACGGAUCACGACGUCGAUCUCAUCGAUCUCGAUUCGCGUCGAGACACACGUUUGAAGAACGCGAGCAAAUUCAAAGCGGGAAGCGUCAGAGGCCAAAAAUCGAGCGUCGAUUGGAAUGGAAGGAAGGUGAUGGUGAAUGGGAAGACGAUUGGCGUCGGACCCGGCACCUUCACGUUCGGCAAUCGGCCAACGUCGUCGUCGUGA